CAACGUUUGGUAUGUGUGAUUGUGUAUGUUGCAUCAACUAAAAGCUGAGAUAAAACAAUCUCAACUCAACUAUCUCAACAAUCACAACUAAAAGUUGAGAUAUAACAAUCACUCAAAAUGAGUGAUAGUUUCUCUCACAUCACAGAAACAAUUCAUGUAUUGUUUCUGCUAAAAAACAAAAAAAAAAAACAAUACAUUGUAAACAAUACAAAACAAUCCCAACUUCCAAACAAACCCUAAAAUAUAAGAAAGGAAACUAAAAGGAAAAGUGUCUGGCUGAUGGCUGCACUGCAUUGAGUAUUUUUUUUUUUUUUACUGUGAUUGAUGGACACUGUAGCUCUGUUGUUUACAGCAGUCGAUGAAUUUAAUUAUUUUUACCGUACCUACAUUGCUUCCUUUACGAACUCUGUCUCUGCCUGAGAUUCAAUCAAUGAACCGAAAUGACUGUGGGUGAAAACUGAAAAGUAAAACAAAUCCCCCAUUUCCUUUUCUUUGAGCAAAACAAAUGCCAUUUCCGUAUCUCUGCGGGUUUGUUCUUCAUAAUUCAUGCUACCGCUACUUUCUUCCUCCAUAAAUGCCCAACAUUUACUUAUCACUUUAUUUUAUGCUUUGUUAUGGCAACGCAGAGUUGCAGACCUCCAUGGAUUUCUCCUUGUUUUCUUUGUCAUCGUCUCUUACCAAUCGCCAAAGAUUCUCCCUCUCCUUAGAAAAUUACAAAAUAUGAUUAAGUUCCUCGUUGCAAAUACUUAUUUUGUUUUAAGAAAAAAGAAAUAAAGUUGUUGUCUUUCUGGCUUUUUGGUUCAUGGGUCCAUUUCCCCUCUCCUUUCCUUGUCUCAUGGCUCACCCAUUUUAGGACAAGCCUCCAAAACCGAUGCUCGCUGAAGAGAUGAUGAUGAUGAUGAUGAUGGAUAUAGCUAUGUGGUUCUCCAAUACCCCGUUUUAAUUCUUGGCCAUGAAAGUUUCCGGCUUUUGAUGUGCAACAUCACAUUUCCCCUCUUUCUCUCACUCUCACUCUCCCUCUCUCUGUCAAUGGUGGUUUAGUUCUUCAAAAAAGCUGGCAUCAUUCAUCGCCCUUGAUGGGUCAGUUUGCUGGAAACAGAAAGGAAGUUGCAUGGUGAAGAAGAAAGUGGGUGGAUUUGAUACUUCAUUUCUCCCAGCCUGUUCAAAUCAAAAUGGGAAGGCAAGCUGAUGAACUAACUCUACAACAACAGAUUAGUGUUUGUCUGAUAGAUUGCCAAAGCCAAUAAUCAGAAGAAGAAGGGAAGUUGGGGUGUGGGAGAAAGAAGCAUGCCAACAGUGUGGUUCUCUCUGAAGAAAUCUCUGCACUGCAAAUCAGAGCCAGCAGAUGUUCACGACCCAAAAUCAAGGAAGCAAUUGAGCACAAUCUUGACCAGAAAAGCUGGUGGUGGGAGGUCCGGGUGUUCAAGGUCAAUAGCCAAUCUGAAAGAUGUCAUCCAUGGAAGCAAGAGGCACAUGGAGAAGCCACCGAGUUGCAGCCCGAGAUCCAUAGGCAGCAGUGAGUUCCUCAACCCAAUAACCCACGAAGUGAUUCUGAGCAACUCGAGGUGUGAGCUCAAAAUCACUGGCUUUGGCGGUGGCGGUGGGUUCCAAGAAGGGUCUGGUGGUGGUAAUUUGAAGGGCACCAGUGAUGACAGCAGCGGUGGCGGUGGUGUUGGUUCGAGUUAUGUUGGUACCUUAAGGCCAGGGACGCCAGGUCCUGGAGGGCACCCUACAAUGCACUACUUCAAUCCUUCCUUUAGGAACUCAGCAGCCACUCCAACCAGGAAAUCUCCUUUCCUUGUACCAGACAGAGAAGGGUCUGGAUUUGGUGGAGGAAAUCAUGGUGGUGGUGGCCAUUCCAGUACAAGGGUUUCUCUUGAUGCAGAUGCCAAUGGCGGCUCUUCUUCAAUCACUUGCCACAAAUGUGGAGAGCAGUUCAGCAAAUUUGAAGCUGCUGAAAACCAUCAUCUUUCUAAGCAUGCUGUUACUGAGCUCAUUGAAGGAGACUCAUCCAGAAAGAUAGUGGAAAUCAUAUGCCGGACGAGCUGGUUAAAGAGUGAGAGCCAUUGUGGCAGAAUCGAGAGAGUACUGAAAGUCCACAACAUGCAAAAGACCCUGGCUCGAUUCGAAGAGUACAGGGAAAUCGUGAAGAAGAGGGCCAGUAAGCUCCAGAAGAAGCACCCUAGGUGCCUAGCAGACGGGAACGAGCUGCUGAGAUUCUAUGGAACCACACUGGCAUGUUCACUUGGCCUAAAUGGCUCGUCGAGCCUGUGCAUAUCGGAUAAAUGCUGCGUGUGUCGGAUCAUCAGAAAUGGGUUCUCGUCGAAGAAGGAGCUGAAAGGUGGAGUUGGUGUGUUCACUACUUCCACAAGUGGGAGGGCGUUCGAGUCGAUUCAGAUAUUCGAAGAAGAACCGUCUGCUACGAGUAUGGUGAGGAAAGCUCUGAUAGUGUGCAGAGUCAUUGCUGGGAGAGUCCAUAGGCCGCUGGAGAACAUCCAGGAGAUUGCUGGGCAGACUGGGUUUGAUUCUUUGGCUGGCAGAGUUGGGCUGUAUUCCAAUAUCGAGGAGCUCUACCUGCUCAAUCCUAGAGCUCUCUUGCCUUGCUUUGUGGUAAUCUGCAAACCAUGAAGACCAAGAACCAGGUGGGAAAUGAAAACCAUCAUCAUCCAGUUAUUGAACCAAUCAUGGUAGAGAUUUUUCUUUUCUUUUUCUGCAUAACUCAUGCCACUGUAUUCUGUCAACCAUGUCAACUUCCAUUUUGUGAUUAGUUCCGACCGAAGACAGGUCGUUUUUUUAUCAGCAGAAAUCAUGCCUAUAUUCUAUUGGUUCUAUGUUCAAAUUGAUAAGGAUGUGUGAGCAAAUUUUUGGCUAAGUGCCAAAUUGUAGGAUGACCCGUGAAUCUGGGGCAGGACAAAAGCAGUGGUGGGUGGCUCUUUUGGUCCAAGGCAGAAAGAUAGAUAGAUGGGUUGAUAAUGAUGACUAUCUCAAUCUUCAGUUAACUUACAAAGUGUUCAUUUGGGGAAAGAGGAGGACAUGACCUCUCAGUAAUUAAGUGAAAGUUGCAGUUUUGAAUUCUGUGUUAUGGUGUUGGGGGAAGCUUCACUUGAAAUUUGAACCUUCACUAAGCCAUUAAUAUUUGACGAGUACUUCCAGGUCUCGAACCACAUGUUUCAGGAAACCCAGGAGGAAGAAAAUAAUGUAAAGAAAACGGAAGGCAGUCGUUGCUGGCUUGCUGCUACUGCUGUGGCUUCUUCUGUUACCAUUUUAAAAAAGAACCGUUUUCUCUGACUAGCAAACAAGGUGAAGGUAUAAUCAACGUGCAAAGAUCCCAUUAUCUGUAAUUUCACUAGAAUUCAAACUGUUGAGGGGACUUUCAGAAUAUCAUUAUCAUAAUGCUGUGCAGAAACAAACAUGUUGGGCAGCCAUGGAAGCUUCCUUCCUGGAAUGUGAUUAUUUACUGAUUUAGGGGGUGAAGUUUGAGAAGUGUAGAUUUGAAAUGCUUCUAGUUUAUAAUAUAAUCAUUUGAAGUAGAAGACAGUGGAGGCCAGAACGAUGGAUGGAUAGAUGGAUGCAUCAGCUAGCAGUCCAGUACUGUGAAAAGUGCAGCAAGUGGUCCUCCUCCAGUAACCAAUUGGUUGGUUGGAGUGGGGGCUGGUGCAGCUUAAAAAAACAAAAGGGUUUGGCCAAAACCAGAAGACAAAAAUGACUCAGAACUGAGAAAUAACAACUGCCUUUGCUUGCUUCUCUGCUACAUGGAAAGGUAACUGUGAAUUUGGCAGUAGGGUUUCUUUUGCCAUCAUUAUAUUUUUUUGAAGAAGAGUCACCAUUCACCAUUUUUGAAUUUUCUGGUGUUGAAAUUUGAAUGCUUCCUUCAGGUUUUUCCCUGUGUCCAGUCUGGACUCUGGAGUCUCUCUCUAUAUUGUUUGUGUACUAGAUCUUCCUGGUCAAGUUGCAGCUAAUAUCUAGGAUAAUGAAUCAUUUUCCCAUUUCUGAAGCUUUUAAUGCUGGCACAUGCAGUUCAUAAAUGUAGGAGCAAGAGCAACCCUUCCUCUGAGACUGAGACUCACAUCUCUCUCUCCCUCUCUCUAUUGCUGAUGCCACAAGGAACCAAAGUAAAUAAAGAAAGAGGUUUAUCAAAUGGGAAUUCAAUCUUUGCUGAAUCUUAAAUGAGGGUGAGAGAGAGAGAGAGAGAGAGAGAGAGAGAGAGAGAGAGGGAGUAGCUAUGGGAGGAGCAGUAGUCGGACACAAAUGCUGCUAUUUAAUUUGUGCAGUUGGUUGUGGGUAAAGGCGGACCCUCCUGCCUUUUGAUUUAGACUACUCUUCUGCGGCAUUGGUUAGCUUGGUAACCAUAAGAGAGUUAGCUUCAUCAUAGACUAAGCAAGAGCUGUUGUUUUGCGUUGGAGUUGUACUAGUAGCGGUACUGCACAAAAUCUGAGUUGUAAUAGUCUGGACUAGUAGUAGUACAAUCAUAGUUGUAAUUGUAGUAAUUAUUUUUCAGAGUUAUAGUCGUUGUUCUUUGCAGAUGUAGGACUAUGAGUCUAUGACUACUAUAAUUUAUGGUUGUGUUAGAAACAUGAUUUUUGAGGUAUUCAAUUAUAUGGAUCAUGGUGUCGAUUUGUUUAUGAUUUGCGACUCUAAAUGCAUUUUGGACGUUUUUGGAAAUUAUUUGAGUAUUUUGGAUAUGAGAUUAAAGAAUCGCUAGUUAGUAAAAAUUAGUUUAGUUUAUAUUAUGUAAUUGUGAGGAUUUUCACAUUAAGUAAAGGUUAAAUGGACAAACCUUUCAAACUUUUCAAGUUAUUAGCCAAACCUUUCAAACUUUUCAAAUUAUUAGCCAAACCUUUCAAAAUACAAAAUAUUAGACAAAUGUUAACUUUUUAUAUGAUUUUUGUUAGUAAUAUUGACAUGACAACAUGAUACUGACUUGGAAGAGACACGUGGAUGUCAACAUUCUAAAUUUUUAGUAUUUUAACUAGAAAAUGAGUUGCAUAAUUACUAACGGUAAAAAAAUGGAUAAUAUUUUGAUGUGUUACAAAAGAUUGGGCUAAUAAUUUGAAAUGUUUGUGUUUACACCAAAAAUAAAUCUCAUUAAUUGUUAGAUGUAUGAACAGUUUGGCCACUUAAUUGGUCCAUAUGUACUUGGUUGGUUCAAUUUAUCUAGUUGGCCGUAGGUUUGGUGGAUAGUAGCUCGGUUUGAGGUAACUAUCCAAGAUGGUUAAAGUACCAACCAUGGUAGCCAUCCAACCGUAUAUUGGAUGGUACUAUCCCAUAUGCAAUUGAUUCAAUCCAAACCUUGUUAUGGAUGGUACCAACCCAUUUAUCAUGGAUAUCAUCUCAACCCUAUGUUGGAUAGUAUCAUCCUAAACAUCAUGGAUACCAUCCCACCUCUAAUGGAUGAUACCAUCGCAAAUAUAAUGGACACCAUCCAAACUCAAAGUGGAUGGUGUCAUCGAAUAACAUGGAUACCAUCCA